AUGCAGUUUAGUGGCAUUUCCAGUUUGAGAUGCCAUCUAAAAAAAGUGCACAACACCACUCUGGAUAAAUCAAAUCUAUCGGUUUUCUACGAGACUGAAAACACGUCUGGAGAACUGAAGGUUGAUCCUGAGAUAAUGACCCAAGCCGGGAAUUCGAACAUGUCAGAGGGCUCUGAUCCUGAAGAAGCCACCGAAAGCUCGCAGGCUAAAUGUGCCACUGUAAAGAUCAUUGGUUAUGACAGUAGGCAACUCUGUGCUGAUGAUCCCCAGCUUAUGCCGUAUUCAUGUCUUAUGUGCACCAUGCGCUACAUCAGCAAGUCGGAGCUCCACAAUCACAUGAAGACCCACGCCGAUGAGGAUGUGGAGCGUGUGGGCAUGCACAGGUGUGACGUUUGCCUGUACGUCAUGAAGAACACCCAGCAGGUCACCAAACACAUCCUUAAGUUUCACGGGGUCCCGCAGAUCUUCAUCUGUUCCAUCUGCCACCGAGAGUUCUUCCAGCUUAGCUCUGUGCACAGGCACAUGAGGUUCUUCCACAAGUGGGAGAUUAAAAUCCGCGGGGAGUCCAGCAUCCCUGUGCUGGUCAAGCCCGCCCCUUUAUCUAUACAGAAGCCAGGCUGUUCACCAAAGAUACAGUUGAAACAGAGUGCAUCUGAUCAGAUCAACCAGCGGCAGGGCAGACUGAACAGCAGUGAUGAGGAUGAGAGCAUUACUUGUAUAAGUUUAGAAGGUAGUGAUAUGGAAUCCGUUCAGAUUUUUCAGGCAGGGGGACAGAAAAUCCUGUAUCAAGUGCUUGACUCAGGCUCAUCUGAACAGCUGAGAUAUGUGGUGAUAAAUGACGAUCAAUGUGAC